AUGGAGGAACUUGGGAGGGAGGGGGACUCCCCCGGGCCGCCGUGGGCGCUGAGCGAGUCCUCAGCUUUCCGGGCGUUCGCUGCGGCGGUGGGGGAGCGGGCGGAGGCGUCGCCUUCAGGCCCAGGCAAUGGGGAUUCCACCCGCUCAAGCAACCUCCGCGCCGUCAGGAAGAGACCUUUUGUUGCAAGAUUAACCACAGACAUCAUCCAAACUUUUGAAAAAUGCAAUCCUGAGUUCAAGUACUCAGAGUCACUAAACCCCAAGCGCUUUCUCACCAAUCCUGCAGUUCCUGUUCACAACGAUGGUCUUGACAAUGCAAAUUCUGAUCUCAUAUUGUAUGUCAACCUGGAACUGGUUAAUAAAAAGUCAAGCCAGAGGUAUGUUGUCCAAGAAAUGCUUGGCCAAGGUACCUUUGGACAGGUUGCGAAAUGCUGGGAUGCAGAAACUAACAAUUAUGUUGCAGUGAAAGUUAUAAAGAACCAGCCUGCCUUUUACCAGCAGGCUAUCAUGGAGGUCUCUUUGUUAAGAUUGUUAAAUGAGAAAUUUGAUCCUGAUGAUCAACACCACAUUGUCCGGAUGCUGGAUUUUUUCCUCUGCCAAAACCAUUUGUGUAUAGCCUUUGAAAUGCUCGGUAACAACCUGUAUGAGCUGUUGAAAAGGAAUAGUUUAAGAGGUUUGCAAAUGAAAUAUGUUCGAACUUUCUCAAGACAGAUAUUGGAUGCCUUGAUUAUCAUGAAAGAUGCUGGCAUUAUUCAUUGUGAUCUAAAACCAGAAAACAUCCUUAUAGCUUCAACUGUAAAAACAGCAGCUGGAGUGAAAGUAAUUGAUUUUGGAUCAGCGUGCAUGGAGGGUAAAACCAUUUAUUCAUAUAUUCAGAGGGACUCCAAGAAGCCGAAGGUAGGGAGAUGGUAUUUCCCUCGUGGAAGGCUUGACAGACUGAUAUAUACAUACCCUUGGAAGAAUUUGAGUGAGGAAAACUUGCCAGAGACAGAAAAGGCUGAUUGCUUGGCAUUGGUUGAUUUCUUGAGAGGACUUGUUGAGUUUGAUCCUAAUAAGAGAUGGUCCCCGCUGCAGGCCUCAUAUCAUCCAUUCAUCACUGGUGAAGCCUUCACUGGUCCUUAUGAGCCUGUCCAGGAGACCCCACGAAUUCCUGUUGGUCGUGCUGCAGUAGUUGACCACAAUCCAGGAGGAGGUCACUUGCUGGGUGCUGGUCUUUCUCCUCAGGUUGGAAGCAUUAACAGAUGCCUACGAUUUAACAAUGCUUUGCAACCAAAUAUGCCUUUUUCAUAUGGAAGCAGCUGUGGCAGUUUUGGUAGCCAUGGUAGCUUUAAUGAUAAUGCUGGCUUCAGCUAUGGAAGCUAUGAUUUUAACAGUGUCAACAUAUAUAAUUCGCCGAUGGAUCCUUCUGGGUUUAAUUUACGUUCACAACUUGGAGGAUCGUUUCUCGGAUCUAGUCCGGAUAUUCGACGAAGACCUCAUCUCUCACAUGGUGGUGGCAUUCGGUUAAGUCCUGGUGGUCCAGGGCAUAUGUCUCUUGGGGCCAGUCCAUCACAAUUUACACCGCCAAAUUCCCAGAUGCAAAUCCCAAUAGGUCCUAAUGGAAAGUAUGGUGCCUCUCCUUCAAGAGGUGGACAUGGCUCCUCGUUGGGAAAGGUUGCUGCUGUAGGCCAAUACAAUAGGAGGAGGAAUCAGGGUUAUCCACCUAUGCCAGUGCCACCACAUGAACACACAUCUCAACUGAUCCAGGGACACCAAGGAGAUGGUGUCAGUACUGCUCGCUUCGAUGCAUAUGGCCGAGGAAAUUCUACGUACCUACGCAAUGCACUCCCUAAUUCUAGUCAUUAUAGCUGGAGAUCUCAAAGGGGAUUUGGCAGUGGUUUACCUUUGGACCCUUCUUCUAGUCAUGGUUCUUUUCCACCCACCAAUUACAAUGGCUUUCCUUUACACUCCGAUGCGUCAGCAGAUACAUUGCCCUCCACCUCAUCAGUACCAGAUCCAGCCGAUUGGGAUCCCAACUAUAGUGAUGAGUCGCUCCUGCAAGAGGAUCAUUCAUUGUCAGCUGGGUUAAGUGGUCUUCACCUGAGAGAUGCAAGUGGCCAAACAAACAGAUCUAGCAGAUUGGCACCUAUCCAAAGUCAUGAUACUUUAAGUUCAAACCCUUCGCCUUUGAAUCAAAGAAGUGGACACCUAUUUCAUGCAUCAUCCCUGGGAGAGAGUACACAUACUCCAGGUCAUGUCACAUUGGAUGGUUACAAACAUGCAAAUUAUUCUCAGCAAAGUUUCCCAAGCUAUCGUGGACAACCAUUUCAGCAGUACAACAACAUAACUUCCAGUUACAUCCGUCCGACGAGGGCUCAUCACAAUGGUCAACCUGUCUGGACUAAUUAUAGCCUGACAGAACCUCCAUCCACUACCAUGGGUGACGGAAUGCCCUGGGUUCUCUUUUUCACCUUUGAUCUUAGGCAAGGCAUGCUUCAGAAAUUUAAUUGGCAUUAUCUUGUUGUAGUCACAUCUUAA